AUGGGGACGCAGGUGAGCGAUGCUGAUUACAUGACCAGCUUGGAAGCCAGGGUCAAGGAAUUAGAAGCUGAGAAUGCAAAUCUUUUAGCUCGACUUGCUCAUUGUCACAACUCUCCGGAAGAUCAGAUAUCACAUAGUCCCGAUUAUAAAGACGCGAAAGUGAACGAACCGAAAAAAAUCCAACGGGGAAUCACAAAGGAAGAUAAGAAAUAA